CAGAAGAAGAGAAACACGAACGUCAUUAAUUCAACAUGGCGCGGGAAACCCGGGAACAGCUGAAGAUGGAAGUUGGACAAGUGAACGAAGAGGUCGAAGAUCUACCUCCGUCGACUCUUAAACUGUACGAGACGCAGUUCUUUGGCUUCACCCCGAAUACCUGCAUGUUGCGGCUCUACAGCGCCUUCCAGGACUGCCUGAACGACAUAUUACCCGUCGUGGAGAAGGUGUGUGUGAGGCAGCUCGGCAAAGGCGAGUCUUCCAGAGCCGACGAGCAGCUCCGGGCCAGGGAGUGUAGCCGUAGUCUGCAGCAGUUUCUGAACGACCGGUUCAAGGAACUGUCGCAGAGGAUGGACGCGCUGCUGGUGAACCGCUGCUUCUCGGUGCCGCCCAAUGUGCUGCUGCCCGAGGACCAUUCACACAAGGACUACCCUCAACACAUACAGGACGUGCUGAAGCUGGAGUCGUCCUUCACUGACCUCCAGAGGUCAUACGAAGCAGAAGUGUAUGCCCGGCAGGCGCUGCAGGCUGAGCUGGAGGAGCAGAAGGAGGUGCAGAAGCAGCUUGACGGGAUCCUGACAUGGGUCAGAGAGCUGCAGGCGGCCUGGGUGAAGGAAGGUAACGCCAGCUUCCAUGAAAGUUUCCGCGUGGUGAUGGAGUCGGUAAAGAAGCUGCAGGCGGCCGUCAGGGAGGUCUGCCACAAGGCGCCUCAUUGAACUGACCUCAUAUCUGUAAAAAAGACAUUUCUCCACAACUUUUAUUGCUUAUUCUGUUUUUAUUCUAUCUGAACUUUAUAAAAUUACCCCCUCCUAAUUAUCCCCAUUUACAUCUUGAUUAAAAAAAAUCCACAAUGAAUUCAGGCUCCAAAGUAUUGAAAUAUUGUAAACCAGCAUAAAUGACACGUGUUACACACGUUUGUCUUCUUUCCCUGUAAAAGAAGACAAAGUCUGAUGCUGAAACAUUUGCUUUGAUGCCUUUACGAACAUCAACCGUAAUCUAGUGCAGUUAAAGACCUUGAAAACACACAUCAGUUUAGUCUACUUUCUUACAGCAAUUUUCUUUCUCAUAGAAUGUACAUUUUAUAUGUUGUUGGAAGUGAGUGAUAACCCUUCAUGACAUCGUCACAGGUAAACAUUGCUAACUGUCACAUGUACUCUAGGUUCAUUUUUAACUGAUGCUGACUCACCUGGAAGUGUGACAGGUGUGCAUACCAUUUGCAAAACUCUUCAUCUUUUUAAACUGUUAAACUCUUUUAAAUUUAAAAGCCCCAUCCUCUCAAUUCAAGGGGCAACCUUUACAGUUUUUAUUAGCAUUUUGACAUGGGCCCAUGUAUAUUUCCCAUCAUAGUAUCCGUCAGUCUUUAAUCCUCCUGAUUUCUGACAUCUAUAUUUACCCUAAUUUACUCUGUCUCUAAACCAUAGGCUGUAUAUGCUAUAAACUCCACUCAGAUUUCCCCUUAGACACCUUUCAUUUCCUUAUCUUUAUUUGUAACUUGGCGUUGUUGUAUUUGUGUUAUUGUCAUUUUACUGCAUUCCUGAGGUGUUAAUAAUAACAACGACGUGUCCAUCCUCCCAAGAGCCACAGUUUUUGAGGUGCCGUGAUGCCCAGCAGAGGACGCUCUCUGCCUGUUAACGCCACUCCUCCAGUCUGACCCAGUUGCACUUAAGUAAAGCGCUAAUUGAACCCUUAAAUAAACAGUCUGUGUGAAGCUAAUACAUUUGCAAAUGAGCAUUAAAUAACAUUGUAGAAAGCUCCAAGAAUCUUUGUGUUGAUGGAGACACUGGAGGAACAUAAAGUACAUUUACAAUUCUGAGAGAUUGGUUUCCAAUGCUAGCUCUUCAUUUAGUCUCACUGUAGAUUCGAGUUUUAAAAAAUGUUGUCCUCUAAUUUUGAAUUCUAUUAAAUGUGUUUAUUGCACACACUGGACCACAGUUUGUGAAAAACUAAUAUUGGGUUUGAUGUAAAAUUAGAAUUAACACUAACUAUAUAUUCACAUUGCAGAAAAGGAUAGGAAACAAUACAACUUUUGAUGCAACAUUUAAAAGUGUAAUUGUUGCAAUUUGUAAAACAUACAUACAGCCCUGGGAAAAAUAAGAUAUACAUUUUUCUUAAAUCUCAAUCUCUACAUGUAUGGCAGCCAUUCCAGUGUUUGUUGAAUUCCAACCCAGUAUUAGUUUUCAGUAUUUUAUAGAAUACAAUAAGAACAGGAAAAAUAACUCCACUCAAAGACACAUCUAUAAAUGGUAAAACCAGAGAAACUGAUAAUGCUGCAGUGGUCUCUUUAUUUUUUUCCAAAGCUGCAUGUGCUAUCAGAUUUCUAAAUAACCUAACUCUUCCAUAAAAUAAUUCCCCAUCAAUAUGUGACUCUAAUAUUAAACACAAAUGUAACUACAGACAUCUGGACAGAAACAUAACAGAAAUACCAGAAUGGCAAUAAAACGCAGUGACAUUUUUACCUUUGUAAGAGGCUAUUUGCAAUUUACUGGUUUGAAAAGAUUUAUACACAACAACAAAUAUAAAAUAAAGAGAUGCAUUUCCUCCAAUUUCA